ACAUAUCAUUCCGCGAUAACUAGCAACGGUGCCGUUUCAAUAACCUCUCUCAUGUCCUUUCGUAACUCAACGAAACCCAAAAUCAACGGCUCAGAUCAUUCCGACUUCUGUUUCGCCUUUGCUACGCCACUUCUUCUUCUUCUUCUCCGGUUUUAAAUUAAAACCUCUCACAAAAUUAUUCGGAAUAUUAUUUCUUCUUCUUCUUCUUCUUCUUCUUCAUCAUCGCAUCUCUCUCACUUCACGUUUUCUUCGGUGAAGAGAUAGCCGCCGGAAAAAGUUAUCAUCUCCGGAAAUUUCGCUCUUUCUUUACGGUAAUUACGAGAAAAACAAAAUCCAAAAAUCGUUUUUUUCUAUUUGAUGAUUUUGCCUUCGUAUUCAAUAUUGUAAAGUUUUGUUUUUUCCGUUGUUUAAUUACGUAAAUUCGAUAAAAGUUUCUUCCUUUAGAUUGAAUUUUUCUGUUUCUAUGGCUUGAGAACUAGUUUCGUGUGGUUGUUUCUUCUGAUUCUUGAAUUUGAUUGAGAAAGUUUAUAUCUUUGGUUAAGAGUUUUUUUGUUUGUGUACGUUUUAAAAUCCAUGGAGAAGCUUGAAUCACGGAGAAGACUAGUCGUAUUAAUGGAAACUCCGUGUAAAUCGAAUGAGCUUCUUCUUUUGGAUGGUUCUUCUUCUCUUUAGCUUUCCUCUUUUCUCUCUUUUUGGUUUCUUUAACAAUCUCUGACUUAUAGCUUUUGAAGCCUCUGUUUGUUUAUGGUUAUAUCCUCUCUGUUCUUCUCAUUUCUAAAGACUGAAUUUUGAAUGUGUUUGAGGGUGUGUUUUAUGUAUGGAUGGAUUUAAGGGUAAAAGAACAUCUAGACCGAUUAUGCCACGGAAAGCAAGUGGUCUUGUGUUACAUGAGAAUAUGAAGAAGAAAGAUGAUAAGAGUGUUGUCCCUAUCUGCAGUAGAAUUGGUUGCAGUUCCAGGGUUAGUUCCACUAAGGGAGAUUUGAUUGAUCAUAAAGCAAAAGCUACUGUGUCUUCGUUUCGAUCUCCUUUGAGUGGAAAGGAAACCGUUGGUAGUUCAUCUCGAAGUAUGAGUGGAUUUGGUGGUACAAAAAAGGCUUCCAAGGUUAUUGGUAGGAGACAACUCUCUUCUCUUUUGGACAUGGAUUCUUCAGAGAGCAGCAGUGUUAAUGAAGACUCACCCACAAGUGAGCGUUCCCUUCCUCGUGGAAAGACAAAAGAAAGCACUAUUAGUGUUCAUUCUGAAAGUAGUGUCUCUGGAGAAGUUGUGACAGAGGCAGGAAGCUCGAGUAGAGGAACUGGUAGAAGCAUUCAUCAGAGACCUGAUUUGGUCUCCCGAGAUGCUCGUGUGAGUAAUAGUGAGCAAAAUGCAAGAGCUAGUGUGAACAAGAAUGGAUUAAGAGACUUGAGGAACAAAUCUGGUUCUGAUGUUCUUCCAUCUAAUUCAACUCCGACAAGAAAAAGUAACAUCUUUAGAAAGAAAACCUCUGAUGGUGAGAGCAGCUCUUCGAGUAGAGGGAAUAAGACGGAAGGAUCAGUGGUUGGGGGAAAGAAUAUUAGUUCCCCUCAGGGGAAUGGCAUCACCAUGUCUGAACCUAGGAGGAACAGAAACUUACCAAGUGUUAGGGACAACAGUGUUGUUUCAAGUAGUACUAGGAGAUCAACUGGUUAUUAUGGUAGAACAGGACGUGCUGGAGCGGUUGCAACACUACAAGCACCUCGGCCUCCAACAAGAGCUGAUCUCAAUCCUUCUAGAUCGGCAGAAGCUUCGCGUAGUCCUUUAAAUAGUUACAGUAGGCCAAUCAGUAGUAAUGGCAGGUUACGUAGCCUGAUGAUGCCUGGUAGCCCCUCAGAAGCCGGCCUUUCUCGCUCUUUGAUGAACCGUGAUACUUUCAGACGGUAUAACAUGAAUGGAGUUGCAGAGGUAUUGUUGGCCCUGGAAAGGAUUGAGCAAGACGAAGAGCUUACAUACGAGCAAUUGGCUGUUUUAGAGACCAAUCUGUUCUUAAAUGGUAUGAGCAGCUUCCACGAUCAGCAUAGAGAUAUGAGGCUUGACAUUGACAACAUGUCGUAUGAGGAACUGUUAGCAUUAGAGGAGAAAAUGGGUACAGUGAGCACUGCUCUAAGCGAAGAAGCGCUUCUGAAAAGCCUCAAGUCAAGUAUUUACCGUCCAAACGAUGAAUCCGACGACAUUUGCCUGAACAAAGAUGAUGAUGUCAAGUGCAGCAUUUGCCAGGAAGAGUAUGUUGAUGGAGAUGAAGUAGGGACUUUGCCUUGCCAACAUAAAUACCACGUGAGCUGCGCGCAACAAUGGCUACGGAUGAAGAAUUGGUGUCCUAUAUGUAAAACCUCUGCAGAAUCUCAGCCACAUCCAUUUUCAUGAUGAUGGGAUUGCAGAGACAUUUACCAAAGUGUUUGUGUCUACUUCCACUACCUUGCUCUCUAUUAUUUGUACAUAAAAGGUUUUCUUUUUUACUUACACACAAUUGGGAACAAAUAGAAAAUAAGAUCAGGUGGACAAAUUAUUGUUUUCACCUUGUAUUGGUUCGUAAUUUCAACAAUAUUUGGUUUAAUUCCAUAUAUAGUUUAUAUACUGUUAUUGCACUCUUCAUGUUCUUCCACAUUCGGCUCCGGUUAAAGGAAAUUAUAUAUAGAAUCAGCCAUUGUUCAGCAAGUUUGUGUUUCUAGCAACCACAAUAUUCAAAAGUC